AUGCAUUGCUGGGGACAACCCGUUCGCAGCUUGUUCCAACGUUCUGUGCCCGCUCUCUUGCCCACGACUUCGCGAGUUUCUCAGGUAGCCAAGAUGUCUUCGGUGUCAAAAAUCAAGGUGGCUAACCCUGUCGUUGAGCUGGAUGGUGACGAGAUGACGCGCAUCAUUUGGAAGCAGAUCCGCGAAGAUCUGAUUCUCCCCUUCGUUGAUGUCGAUCUCAAGUACUACGACCUUGGCAUCGAGAACCGUGACAAGACGGACGACCGUGUGACGGCCGAAUCGGCAGAGGCCAUCAAAAAGUACAAGGUGGGUGUCAAGUGCGCCACCAUUACGCCUGACGAGGCUCGUGUGAAGGAGUUUAACCUCAAGAAGAUGUGGCUCUCACCGAAUGGUACCAUCCGCAACAUUCUCGGUGGCACCGUGUUCCGUGAGCCCAUCAUCCUCGAAAAAAUCCCCCGCCCUGUCCCUGGCUGGACGAAGCCCAUUUGCAUCGGUCGUCAUGCAUUUGGUGACCAGUACCGCUGCCAAAACUUUGUCGUGCCUGGCCCCGGUAAGCUCACGAUCUCGUACACCCCGACGGACCCCAACGGCGAUAAGAUCAACAUUGAUGUGUUUGACUACCCUGAGCAGGGUGGUGUGGCUAUGGCCAUGUACAACACCACCGAGUCUAUCACGGGCUUUGCGCACGCCUGCUUCCGCAUUGCCAUCGACAAGAAGAUGCCAUUGUAUAUGAGCACGAAGAACACCAUUCUCAAGGCCUACGACGGCAAGUUUAAGGACAUUUUCCAGGACCUGUUCGACAACCAGUACAAGCCCGAGUUUGACAAGCUCGGUAUUUGGUACGAGCACCGCCUCAUCGAUGACAUGGUGGCUCAGGCGAUCAAGGGUAAUGGUGGCUUUGUGUGGGCCUGCAAGAACUAUGACGGUGACGUGCAGUCGGAUAUCCUUGCUCAGGGCUUCGGCUCGCUGGGUAUGAUGACCUCAGAACUGAUCACGCCUGAAGGCGACAUGAUCGAGAGUGAGGCUGCACACGGUACGGUGACGCGCCACUACCGCGAGCACCAGAAGGGCAACGAGACGAGCACGAACUCCGUGGCUUCCAUCUACGCGUGGACGCGUGGCCUCAUCUUCCGGGGUAAGCUCGACAACAACCAGGAGCUGAUCAAGUUUGCCCGUGCUCUCGAGGAGGCAUGCGUGCACAGCAUUGACGUUGACAACGUGAUGACCAAGGACCUGGCCCUCUCCAUCCACGGCAAGAACCUGAAGCGUGAGCACUAUGUGAACACGUUCGAAUUUCUUGACCACGUCAAGUCGGUGCUGGUCAAGAAGCUUCAGGAACAGGGUCUGAUUUCUCAUCUCUGA